AUGCCUUCAUUCAAUGUUAGAUUAUAUAUUUUUUUUGAAACUUUAUAUAAAUGGGUAUUAGUAAAAAAUUUAACAAAAUACUCCAAUGAGAGUGAUUAAAAAUGGAAGUUCAGCACGAAGAAAACGAGAUUCUAUAUACCAAUUACUUUUAGAGGUAAAUUGAAAUUAACCGAGAAAGAAGAAAAAGGAGUUGGAAGCAAUUAAAUUUAUUUAAGGCUUUAAGCUGAUCAAUUGGCUUUUGACAAUAUUGCUUUAAGCACCAAGAAUGCUAAAAUUUAGAAGAAAUGGACGAUCAACAUUUUAUAAUUUCAUGGUGACUAUGAAUUAAUAUUAAAAAGAGCUUAGGGGAUAUUUAUCUAAACACUGUAAUACUUUGAAAAAACAAAAGGAUUUGAGAAAUGCUAAAAGGAUGUAGCUAUACCAUUUUUAAUAAUGUUUAAUUCUAUCUGUUAAAUCGAUUAAAUAAUGACAGGCCUAAGCUUUGGAUAUGCUAAAUCAUAAAUUAUAUCUGAUGAGCUUGGAAUUCAUGAUGCGAACAAACCGUCAUCAAAGCAUCCAAUCAAUCUAUUUUUAUACUAGCUUCUUAAUCAAAAUGGGAAAUUAAUAAAUAAAUUGAGUUAAUUCGAAUAAUAUAAUUAUUCCUUAGAAAAAAGAUACAAUUAAAAUAGAGAGCCUGAUAUCACUUUAGCAAGCAAGAAAAGCCUAGAAAUAUCAAAAAUCAAUCGCUAAGAUUCAAGCAUUUCUUAAAUAAUGUUAUGGUCCCAUAAAUCGUCAAAGCUAGCUUUCCCAAAUAAGAAACUUGAUCUCAAAAUGCAAUUGAAGUGA